AUAUAAGCUAAUAUAGCGGAGAAUGUUGUGGAAAUACUACUACUAACAAUAAUAAAUAAUAAACAAAUAAAUUAUAGUUGCAGAUAUUGUAUAUCCGCUAGAGGGCGUCGUUGACGCUCUGAUCUGGUGACCCGUCAAGAAUUUUAUUUUCCAAUCGCCAACCGGAAGUGCGUUACCAUGGCGUUUGGCUUAGCAGUUAAUAUAAAUCGCUAGUUUCUGUGUCAUGACUCCGAGUUGCGUCUUCAAACUCCAUAAUGCGGCGUUACAUACGUGCACUACUGCUGUGCAUGGUGUUUGCCGUGUUUUCCGGCUUGUAUGUAUACAGUAAGCUGUUUUACUCGGACGUGUCGGUCGGAGGGAACGGAGCGAGGAGAGUUUUCAACCCACCGAGUGUCCCCGGAGCCCGGCGAGGGGACAAAACCGGGCCCCAAAAACCGCACUGGUACAAUAGGUACAUCAUGCGUCAGCGGAGUCAGAUGGAUGGUGCUGGCAGCAGCGUUCAGACCACACCUGAACCUCCCAUGCACCUGGCCGUGGUGGCCUGUGGAGAGAGACUGGAGGAGACUCUCACCAUGAUCAAGUCUGCUGUGCUGUUCAGCGUUAAGCUCCUCCACGUGCACAUCUUUGCUGAAGAUCAGCUGCACGCCAGCUUCAUGGAAGUUUUGGAAUCGUGGCCUGAUUUUAUUCGCUCCAGGUUUAACUACAGAGUCUACUCCAUCAGCUUCCCCAGUGAGAACGGAGCCGAGUGGAAGAAACUCUUUAAACCCUGUGCUUCUCAGAGACUCUUCUUACCUCUGAUCUUAAAGGACGUGGACUCGGUCUUGUACGUGGACUCGGACAUCCUCUUCCUGCAGCCCGUGGACCGACUGUGGGCGUUUCUGUCCCGGUUCAACUCUUCUCAGCUGGCAGCUAUGGCCCCAGAGCACGAGGAACCACGCAUCGCCUGGUACAACCGCUUCGCCCGUCACCCCUUCUGCGGCAAGACGGGUGUCAACUCAGGGGUCAUGCUCAUGAACAUGACAAGGAUGAGGACCACAUUCUUUAAGAAUGACAUGACAUCAGUGGGGCUACGUUGGGAGGAGCUGCUGAUGCCUCUACUACAGAAAUACAAGCUGAACAUCACAUGGGGAGACCAGGACCUUCUCAAUAUAAUUUUCCAUUACAAUUCUGAGUGCUUGCUUGAGUUUCCAUGCCAGUGGAACUAUCGGCCAGAUCAUUGCAUCUACGGCAGCAACUGUGCCUCGGCCGAGGAGGAUGGCAUCUACGUAUUGCAUGGAAACAGAGGAGUUUACCACGACUACAAGCAACCGGCGUUCAGGGCCGUUUACGAGGCCAUAAAAAAGUACUCCUUUGGCACAGACCCAGUGACUUCUUUGAUGGAUCCUUUAGAAGAGGAACUGCUGAAGACCACGCACACUUACUGUGGUAAAUCCCACACACUCUUCACCAAGAGACUGGCACUCAGUCUGGUAAACAUCAACCGGAAGACACCACACGGACGGUGACGAAAACCAAGAACUACGAGGAAGAAGAGGCUCCUAUAGCAUUUUUUUUCUGUCCUGACACUGAUUCCACAUGUAGAGAGUAAAACAUUGACAGAUUACUGACAUUUUGUUUGCUCUGGCAAAGCUCACACUACAUUAAUCAAUACUUCUUUGUCACUGUAAGACAGUGGACUGUCACUGUUAACAGCUAAUUUGGAGAGCAAAGAAGAAUUGAUUUCUGGUUUUAACAUUAGCAAAAUGGCAGCAAUUAUGCAAUUCUUCUAACUGGGAAAAUAUGGUGUGGGAUUUGUGGAACAUUCAGCAUUAUGGGCAGCAUCAGAGGAUAUUUCCGGUACUGGUAUCAUAUCACAACAGUUCCAGUUAAAGAAGAUAAAAUAAUAUGCUGAUUUUGCCAGCUGAAGCUCAACAGGACAGAUAUAUAUGAACAUAUAUAUAUAUAUAUAUAUAUUCUUUCGACUGACAGCUAUAGCUUGAUAAACAAGUUGUCAACUGGCAGACUGUCAAAACUCAUGAACAUACCACUUUGAUUCAGCAGACGGCUUAUGAGUGAAGAUUUGAGAUUGUUUUAGAGACAAGCUGUGUAAAGCUCAGUCUGACCACUGGGAUUGUCUCAAACUGAGACUAAUAACUGUUCACCUGUAAUCUGCUCUGGAUAAGAGCGUGAUGGAAAUCCCUGAAAUCCUCUGUAGUGGAGGCCAGUUGGCCGUGUAGCAGAGAACUGAAUUUAGCAGAGGCAAAUAUUUGCUUCAGAUUUGUUAAUGGAUAGUUUUCAUUUGUUUUUAUCACAGACUUUAUGAACAUUUUUAUAUUUUACAAACAGCUGGAGAUUUUUUUUAUCAGCCUCUUCCACCAUUGAUUUUUUUUAUUUUUUUUCAGUGCCUUUAGUUACUGAAACGUGUAAAUGUUUGGAAGAGUGUCUCUUGACUUUCCAUAUUGGAGAAUUUGUUGAACCGUGUGAAAUGCUCUUAUUAAAAAGAGUUACUUACCGUAUCAGAACUGGACGUAAGGCUUUCUGCAAAGCCCAGUUUUAAAAGAUGUAUGCACUGGACCACUUUUUCAACUUCCAAAAUCCACUAAACAACACUCUGUUAAGAGAACGUGUAUAUAGACAUUGACUUUUGCGAAUUAUCAGGUAAAGUGAUCAUGUAAGUCAUUUUUGGUGAUCCUCAUAGGGAAAUUGCUUUGUCACAAUCUCUCAAUACGCAGUUCAAUAAGGUGAGAUCUUCUCAUAACAGCUAAAUAUUUUGGUGGUUAGACUCCAAUUAGAAGCGAUAUUGUAGAGUGGAGUCUCAGAACGUAUUAGACGGGAGUCUAGAGGCUGGUGAUGGUGUUACAGAAAGGCUGGUGGAGACUUUAUGAUGAGGUGGAGAAUGGGAUAAAGUGGACUGGUCAGUAGACUGAUUGGUCUGAAAGGCAGAGUGAUUGAAUAGCAACGGAUUCAAAGAACAGGAAUAUUGGGACUGAUUAGCUCAGAACCAAACUGAUCACUGAACGAGUGAAGCGACGUUGAAAUGAAAUGACAGCGUAGGAAAGUGGAAGUGAUGGAAGUGAAUGAAGCAGCAGGAAUGGAAAGUGAAAAGAUCCUCCUUAUUGAACUUCAUUGAAAAAAAAAAACAGCCUGAUAUAUAUGAAUAGUAAAAAAACAAAGAAAAACACGUCAAAUGAUGUACAAAUGUUCAAAAGUAAUAUACAACAUCGAAUCAUAGUUUGGAGAAAGUACUGAAGAGGCCAGUUUUAUCUAUAGUUUACGACAUCAGGGAACGCAACACGAAUUAUGAUUUUAGUUCAGGUUUAUUUUAAAAUAUUGCAUUUUUAAUGUGUGGUAAUGUGUCUCAAUGUAGACACAUUGCUGUAUGUGCUGGAAAAGUGUCUUUAAGCGUAUGUAGCUGUAUGUGUAGAAAUUGCUGUUGAACAUAUGAAUAAGCUCCAACUUCUCUCGCGAUGCCAAAGUAUUUGUUUUAUUUCUGAAAUUACAUUUUUUCGCACCGUUGAAUGUAUUUUGUACAAUAAGGGUCGAAAGGGUGCUUGUAUUAGUGUGAGUUGACUUUAUUUUGUUGUGUUAUAUUCAUGUCGUAAUGUUUAAAAUGAAAUUACUGUGUCUUUUUUCACAUUAAAGAUCAUUUCAGUUUUGUA